GGCUGACGUAAUUUGGCAAAAACAAUAACAACAACAACAAAAAUUUGUUUAUUUGCACUCCCCCGCCCCGCCCAACAACCCGAGUAGGAUUACACCUACUUCGAUGUCUGUUGUCCACGUCCAGCACACGAAACUGAUAGCUGUCACAGCCUGUUAGCCCAUCCACAAACUGUGUCCACAGCCUGCAAAUGUGAAUCAGCUGCGCUGCUCGCUGAUUCGUCUACUGCGUCAAAUUUAAUUUCCAGUUCCUUCCUGAUUGUAAACCCGCCUCUGAAUGAACCGCUCUGAGCCCAUACCCAUACGACGCGAACGAUCCUUCGACAGCGUUAUGAAUCGCCUGUUCCGUACACGCUCCCAGAACCAUGAGAGCUUUCGUGCGGCAAUGUACAACUUUCUGUUCGUGUUGGGCGUGUGCGCCUUUGUGGCGGUGUGCUUCAUCCUCGGACCAUUUGUGCGCCCGCUGCUGUGGGCCUUCCUCAUGGGCGCCGUGCUCUUUCCGUUCAAGCGUCGGCUAGCGGAGAGCGUGCACAGCUGGUUCCAGCGGCUGGAGGAGCGCGAUUCCAAUGUGCUGGUCUCAAUAUUUCUAUCCCCCGUGGAGGCGACGGAGCACUGCGGCCGUUUGCUAAUCGGUUGGCUCUGCGAACACUGGCAACUGCUACUGGCCGGCUGCGGUGUGGCAAGUUGCAUCAAGCUGUUGGUGCUGUAUGCGCCCAAGGGCUUCAUCUAUGCCAUCUGGCACUGGCUCACCUUCUCGCAUGGUCUGUUUGUGCGCGUUAUUGGCUUCCUCAAUGUCUUUGUGAUUAUCGCGCUUGUGCUGGUCUACCUUAGCUGUGUGCACUUCUUUUGGAGCCCGGAAAACAGCACUCACUUUGUCGUCGCUGGACAGUCCAUGUGGAUCGCGAUAGCCGGCUACUUGAGCAGCUUUCUGGGCGCCCUGCAAGUGCCCGUCUUCCUGCUGGUCAUGGCGUACGUGACGGCCUCCACGGCGUAUCAUUUGAAAGGUAGCGAAGGUUCUGGCUCGUAUUUGCACCGCCUGAAGUUACUGUUUGACAAGAAUGACUUUGAGCGUUCGCUGAGUAAUUUUAGUCUUUGUGGGAAGGCGAGCAGCGAGCGGCCAGUCACCGCGGAGACGUUGCAAUCUGAUGUGGAGGAUAUAUCACUGAGCGACACGGUAGACUCCACGGAUACGUUCGAUGUGAAGCCGGAUGAUACCGCGGAGGGUCAUCAGAGCGGAACGCUGUUGAAGCUGCUGCUGUACGCCUGCCUGGCCAAUGUGCUGUACCGAAACAUCUGGAUGGUCAUCCUGGCAGCCGUGCCAGUGCUGCUGCAUUUGAUCUACAAAUUCGGAGCGUACACGGGCAUCACAGACUUUGUGUGUGGCAAGAUCAAUGAGCUGUAUCUGGGCUUGAGGUCCUGGGCCAUUGAACAUCAUUCUGCUGUCCUGCCGCUCUGCCUGCCGGGUGUGCUGGAACUCAACUAUCGCAUCCACACAAUUGUGCGCGAUUCGUUAAAGUCCUCGGUGGAGUCUGUCACCUCCAUACUCAUGAUCAUUGCCAUGCUCUUCUGCAUCAUCAUUUUGAGCGUGUUCUUUUGCGUCAACAUUUAUUCGGAGACCAUCGAGGUGGCCUACCUGACAAAAGAUCUAAUUAACAAGACGAUCACAGAUCGUCCUGAGCUAAUUGAUAUUUUGCCCGCCAACAUGCAGGCGUCCAUCGAUGAUGCGCUAGACAAUGCGCACCAUUAUGGUCGCCGUAAGAUAGAGACCUACAUUGACGAUUGGCUGGCAGACGCUGACAAGGUGCAUGCCACCAAGCUCAAGGAGCAAAUACUCGACGUGUGGGACAGGCUCAUACAGUAUUGGGUGGACUUUAACAAGCGGGGCGACUCCUACGGGCCACGUGUGCCCACGGAUGCGCUGAAGAGCACUUUUGGCGAAAUUGUUGAUAACCCGGGACAUUUUAAAGAGCUAGUUUUAGUGGCGAAACAGGGUAUCAUCGGCUGGGCACAGAGCAACACGCAAACCAUCCUCGAAGUGGCUGAAUCCCUUUGGCACAUUAUACGCACGAAUCUCUCGAUGAUUAUGGGCGUGACUGGGGAGAUCCUGUCACUGGUGCUGUCUGGCGGACAAGCCUGCAUCGAGUUUAUUCUGGAUAUGAUUGUCUUCUUUACCGCUUUGUUCUACCUCCUCUCGAGCAGCAAGGAAAAGUAUGCGCCGCUUCAGAUCACCAAGUACCUGGGCUACUCCACCUCUGGCACUAAGAUUGUCGAUGGCAUGGAGAACUCCAUCACGGUGGUGCUGGUCUCCAUGUUCAAGUGCUCCAUAUUUACGGGUCUUUUCACGUGGCUGGUCCACACGGUGUUUGGUGCGCGAAUUGUGUUUCUGCCCUCUGCGCUGGCAGCCAUUCUAGCAGCUGCGCCAUUUCUGGGCAGCUACUGGUGUGCGGUGCCCGCGUUCCUGGAACUCUGGCUGGCCCAGGAUCGCUUCUAUACGGGUUUGAUAUUGUUUCUGCUGCAGUUCUUUGUGCCCUCCACAUUUGAGACGGCCAUUUAUGCGGAUCUCAAGGGCGGCGGACAUCCGUAUCUGAAUGGUCUGGCCAUAGCGGGUGGCAUGUACUGGAUCGGCUGGCAGGGUGCCAUAUUGGGUCCCCUCAUGCUGUGCUUCUUCAUUGGCAUCUUCGAGGUGGCCGCCUUGGCCAUGCGCUCGAAUCAGGAUCCCCCCAGGUACUAUUUGAUUUAUUUGUUAUUGCAUGAAAAGCUUGAAAUUUGUGAAUAUUGUGCAGCGGAAGGAGCUAAGCGCAGCUCAGAGGAGGAAGCCACGCGCACCACCAGCUCCAACGAAUCGAACCCCAAACGAGCGAUUAUAAACGAAGAAAAGCCAGCCUUGCCGCUGCCUGCUGGAAAACCUGUUGAGCUGAGAAUUAUAACCAAAACUUUACAGCUGCAGCCGCAAACCAGUUAAGAACGAAGCAUAAGU